CCCGUCGGCGGCGGAGACUCGUGCAGCACAGGCCUCCAGCAGAGGCCGGUCCCUGGGAGCGCGGUGGCCGCGGCCAUGGCCCUCUACCAGCUGUUCUCGCACCCGGCGGAGCGCAGCUACCGCGCGGGGCUCUGCUCCAAGGCCGCCCUGUUCCUGGUGCUGGUCACCGCUCUCACCUACAUCCCACCGCUGCUCGUGGCCUUCCGGAGUCACGGUUUUUGGUUGAAGCGCAGUACCUAUGAAGAGCAGCCAACUGUCCGCUUCCAACAUGAGGUGCUGCUUGUGGCUUUCUUGAGCUCCUUGUCUGGAGAAUACCUAACCUGGAGCACAUUUCCCACUUUUAAUCAACUGCAUGGAGAUAAUGUUCGGGUGUCAAUGAUGAUGGCCAGAGAAGAAGACAAGAACCAAGACGGGAAAAUGGACAUGUUACAUUUCAGAUUAGAGCUUCCCCUGAAGCCUACUGAACAUGUCCUGGGAGUCCAGCUUAUUCUGACGUUUUCUUACCAGCUGACUAGGAUGUCAAGAUUUGUGAUGCAGAGCAUGGCCUUUGUCCAGUCAUCCUUCCCUGUCCCAGGUGCCCAACUGCAUGUGAAUGGAGACCUGAAGCUGCAACAGAAGCAGCCUUUGAAAUAUCGCGGGGUAGAUACCAGAUACAAUGUGUCUGUGAUCAAUGGGACGAGCAUUUUUGCAAGUGACUAUAACUUGAAGAGUAUUGCUGCUGCAUACUAUGAAAGGAAUGUAACCACAAUCUUGACUGAUUCCAACCCGAUUUGGCUGGUGGGAAGAGCUGCAGAAGCACCAUUUAUAAUUAAUGUUAUCAUUCGAUAUCCCAUGGAGAUCAUUUCCUAUUAUCCAGGUUUCUGGGAGACAAUCAAGUUUGCCUGGAUUCAGUAUGUCAGUAUUCUGCUAAUCUUUGUUUGGAUAUUUGAAAGAAUCAAGAUCUUUGUGUUUCAGAAUCAAGUGGUUACCACAGUCCCUAUAAUGACCCAAGAGGAAAAUUAUAAAGAGCACUUAUCUUAAGAAGCAACUCCUCUAAAAAUGACUGGGCCCAGCCACAUAGACCUCACUGUGAGCUUCAGAAAACUGCAUUAUCACUCUUUGGAAGGAGAGACUGCCACCAUUUUGUAGUAGUCACGAAUAUGAGGAAGAGCUGACAACAGACCAUUUUGACAUCUUGGAAAGUGUUCCAUUUUUUGAUGACUGAAGGUCACAUAUUACACAUUUUUCCCUAUUGAAAAUCCUUUAUCACUGUAGGGCUAUCUCUUGAUAGACAUGCAAAUUCUCGACAUUCAUUUUUUCAUAUACAUUUGCCAUUUAGAUCUUUAACUAGAAGUAGAUGCCUGUAUGUAAGAGAUUUGGGGACAGGAAUGGUACUUAUCUAUCCUUGGUUCGAUGAGCAGCUAAAUGCCUUUUAUCGGCUAGUCUGACCUCACUUUUAUUCAUGUCAUCUUUUGCCCAUUAUUCUGUUUCUCACUGUAAUUUGGGAUUGAAGACAAAAUACUUCAUUGCCUUCUGUGACUAAUCCAUAAGGUGUUGCUGUAGAGACUAGUAUUGUAAUGGCUGCUUUUUUUCUUUCCAGCUGAUACCUAACAGCUUGAACACUGAUUUGACCACCACCCAUCUUUGGCUUCCCAUGAGAGGUUCUGAUCUCAAAUUAGUUUAAUGAAACAGUUAAGUUUCUUUUCAGCACAAAGUACUGGGUACAAAGAUAAGGUUCAACAAGGCCUUGCUUUCAAGGAACUUGAUCUAAUGGGAAAAGGACAAGUAUUCCAAUAACUAUGAUUCAAGGGAGAAUAUGGUAAGUGCCCAGGAGAAGCCCAGACAGAGUGCUGUGGGAAUUUGCAGGGAGGCAGAGUCUGGAGAGUGUGAGAUCUUGGAUAGUUUUGAGAGCACAGGCAUAGGGACAGAAGAGGGAAGAAGAAAAAAACCAGCAGCAGAGUGGGAUGGAAGGAGCCCCAGAUGGGAGUUAAACACCUAGACUCAGUUACUUCUACCGGUGCGAUCUUAGGCAAAUCACUUAAUCUCUGUGUGCCUCAUUUUACUCAGCUGUAUAAGUGUUUGUGGGGGAAAAGGUUAGGCAGAUGAUCUCUAAGGUACCUUUCGGUUAUAAAUUCACGACCCUGUGCACUUCAGUGAAGGAGAAGCUUUGACCAAAAUCAGGUGCUCUCUGGAACAUAGAUCCUGCUUCUCUAUGAGAUGGUAAAGACAGAAGAGUCAUUGUUGUCAGCUCUAGUUCCCCGUUGCCCAAGGACAAGAGAAAAAAUGAACCUUCCCUUCAACAUGUUGGCAUGGAAACAGACAAGGAGAGAGCCUGGCUUAUUGGAUUGCCUGCUGCCCAUUCAUCCUGAAAACAGACAAACACUUUAAAAAGGGUAAAGGAAUUUACGGCACUGAAGAGACAUCCACCGACCAAGUGAAGAUGUCCUCCCCUCUCAAUUACUGUCCCCACUGUUACCUGAAGCUCCUGUUUUGAUGUACCAACUGUUCAACACUUGUCAUUUUAUUGGGAAGACUGAUGGGUUCUCAUUUCAGAAGCAGAUCUUUUCAGGAUUCUGACCUGGCCAAGAUGGGAGUCUGAGAAAACAAAGCUGUUUCAAUGUAUUAAAGCACAGAAAUGCCUGAACAACUUUAUGAAUGUUGGGACUAACAUCUAGGAAUGUAAAAAUGCCAGAAUAGACUUUUAAAAAUGUAACCUAAAAAUAACUUAUGGGAUUCUAACCAACUAAGAAAAAAGGUAGCAAGACAUUGGGAGAGGGGAGAGAGGAGGGGACCCGUUUAAGUGAUGAAUUAUGAACUUUGCUUAAAAUUGUUAAUUAGACUUAAUGCAAAAUUUGUAUGGUUUAUAAAGAACUAUGUAAAUACUCCUUGGUUUUGUAUCUUUAUGAUUAAAAUGUUCAAAAUAUAUGUGUCAAGAAUUGUGGAAUGUUUUUUU